UAACAGGUCGUCAACGACAAUAGCACUGUAGCUGUAUCAAGUUCUUGAGUCGAGCGUACAUCAUUACAUGGUGUAUCCCUAGGCCCUCUGUCACUCUCAACGAGUCCUUGACUCCUCCGUCAAGUCAGAAUGGCGCAUGUGUCUAGCUUUGUGAAAGAGUACCUGUAGUCUUUUGCUGCAAGCUAUUUUACGUACAGAAGUGUCGUGUUGAGUAUCUCUACUACAUGUACUCUUCUGGAUCACUCACACCACCUUUUAGCUAUUGAGAUAUUGUUGAAGGUAACCAUGAGCCAACAAUUUGGAAGUGGGUUUGGCCAAUUUACGGGUCAGCCUGGAAAUGCUAGCUUUCAGGGCAAUACUGCACAAGGUGGCUACAUGCAGGCGUCUGGAGCUGGUGGGAUAGCCGGGGGUCCAGCUGGGUUUUCCGCUGGACAGCAAAUGGGGUUCAUGUCAGGGUCUCAGGCGCAGCAGCAAGUGCCUCAGCAAGGCCAGUUUGGUGCUCCUCAGGGCUUUGCCGGACAGCAGCAGGCGCAACAACAGCAGCCUGGAGGAUUCGGUACUUUCCAGCAGCAUGGUGCUGGUGGUGGAUAUCCAAACCAAGCCCAGCAGCAGUUUGGACAGCAACAACAGCAGCAGCCCCAGCAAUUCGGACAGCAGCAGCCCCAACAAUUCGGACAGCAGCAGCCCCAACAAUUUGGGCAGCAGCAGCCCCAGCAAUUCGGGCAGCAACAGCAGCAGCCCCAGCAAUUUGGACAGCAGCAGCAACAAGCCCAACAAUUUGGACAGCAGCAGCAGCAACCUCAGCAAUUUGGACAGCAGCCGCAACAGCACCAACAAUUUGGACAGCCACAGCAACAGCAGCAACAACAAUUCCAACAGCAGCAACAGCAGCAGCAACAACAGAGGCAGCAAGAGCUUGCGCAGCAAAAACGACUUGAGGCACAGCGCAAAGAAGCUGAGGAGAUGGAGAAGCAGCGUAAAUUCCGUGAGCAGCAAGCAAAGCUGAAGCGUGUUGGUGCUAAAGGAGCUAGUCAGAGUGGUGUUAAUCUAGAUAGCUUUAUGGCACAAUCAUCAAUGAUGCUCCCAUCGGCCGGAAGUAAACCUUCGCCAAAGACGCAACCUGCCAAGCCACAAGCGCCUGCAGAGCCGGCCAAACCGAAGCCAGUGGAAAGCAAACCAGUUGACUACUCGGCCUUUGCUGAUACGUUUGGUGGUGACCAACCUGAAGAUGAGUUCCAAUCAUUCCAGCAGGCUCCUAGCACCGCGGGAUUUGCUAGUGCGACGUCGUCCUCAGACAGCCCCUUGCUUGCCCAUACGAACGCAGCCUCAGACUGGAGCACUGGCAAUGCGGGAGUCAGUGCUGCUGCUGCGCCUGCAGCAAGUAGCACCAUGCCUGGUGCAGGAAUAAGCCAGCCGACAUCAUCGUCAUUUUCAAUGAACAAUACUGCCUUUCCAACAUCAUCCACGGUGCCGCAGUCGGGCUUAAGUGGGAGCACCGCAGCAGCGACUUUGAAUACGAGCUCUGGUUUCCCUUCUGCUAAUAUGUCAUCACUCAUGUCGGGUCCGUCUACAGGCGCUCCUCUUUCAGCGCCAUCCUCUGACUCCUCCGGCGUGCUGAGAUCUAGUGGUCAAGCCAGUGCUCCCAUGCCAUCACUGAUGGACGAGAGAGGCAUGCCAGCGCCUAUGAUGAGCCAGGGCAGUGCUCAGGUGCCUCCUUCGUCUACGCUCAUGUCGAGUCAGCCGCACCAGAGCUCAACAACAGCCGCUGCAGCGCCGGCAUCAUCAUCAGUGCCCAUGGGCUCCACGCCGGCCAAUGCUUCAAAUGCAUCCUCGGAUUCCGGCCGAAAAUCCAUUCUUCCGUCGUGGUGCCGUGAGCUGCACUUAGCGCCUACUCUUUACCAGCAGAUAUUCCUGAAGUGCUGUCCCAAAGGGCAGACCAGUGUCGAUACACAUCUCAUCUACCCGAUCCUGACAGCGUCCGGUCUGUCGCGCAACAUCCUCAAGGAGAUCUGGUCCGCAUCUAAUCGUAUGUCGCCGGGCAAGCUGAACCGCAUUGAGCUCUACAUAGCCCUUGGUCUGGUGGCGCUGGCUCAGAAUGGAGAGACCAACUUGACAGUAGCGACGCUAUCAAAUCGUGUCGAUCCUCCCAUCCCGGUGCUAAGUAAUGUUGAGCUACCUAACCUACCGGCUCAUCUUCGUGCCCAGCCACCAUCGGCAACACCAUCCACAACAUCAACACCAUCUCCCAUGCCACCAUUCUCUUCUUCUGCUAUGCCCAGCAGCUCAGGCUCGUUUACACCAGACAACGCAUCAUUGGGACCGUCGUCUAUAAAUGAUAGCCGGCGAGGAACAUUGGCAGCUCUUGCUGAACAAGUACCCCAAUCCCAGCCAUCUCUCGGUCCUCUCAAUGACCCGAUGGGCCUUGGCUCCUCUGCAUCAGCAGCACUGCCCAUGUCGUCGACUGGGUCUGCAUUUAGCACUGGAAUGCAGCCAACGGCAGCAUCAUCUGCGACAGCUAACACCGAUCCGUAUGCUGCUCUCAGUGGCUCGUUGGCUACGAGUUCCUACUCUUCUCAGUCACAGCAGCAGCAACCGCAGGCACCAAUAACUGCAACAGCAACAAGUUCUGGUGGUGACUUUGGUGACUUUAGUUCAUUCAACAGUGCACCGUCUCAAACUGCUCCGGUCACCAACACUAGCAGUGGUAAUAUGUUUGCUAAUUCCUCCGCAAGCACCACGUUCCCGGCUGCCCUUAGUAGUAGCAAUAACAAUACCAUACUACCCCCAGCUUCAUCUACUUCUCUAUCCUCAGCAACAGAGCCGAUGUCUAGUUUUGCAAGCAUGCCAAUGGCUGGUGGGAGCACUGCACCGGUAUCAGCUGCACCUGCUGCAUUGGCCUUGAGCAACAACUCCAACACAAAGUACAGCGCUCUCAGCGGCCUGGCAGCAGACUCAUCCGCUUCUACGCCCGCUACUGAAGCACCGUCCGGCAGUAUGGGCCUGACGUCGCUCACCAGUUCUGCUGACUUUGCAGCGGACUUCAGCUCAGCACCAAUGUCCACAAUGCCGACUCUCGCUGAGCCUGCCGCAUCGUCAUCAUCUGGUGCUGCCAGUGACAAAUACAGUGUGUUCACGGCACUGUCCGGCGACACUUCUGCUGGCAGCGAGGAACUCUCGAGUCUUACAUCAAACCACCAGAUGAAUCAAGCCAAACCUGAUGCCUCUGAUGAUGGUGAUAAAUAUGGUGCCUUCGGCGGCUUGCAAUCAUCAGGCAGUGUUGCAGCUGGGUCAUCUGAUCAGCUGGGUGAAAUGAGUGGUAUCACUGGGGGCAGUAGCAAGUAUGGAGGUUUUAGCAAGCUGUGUUCUGUAGCCUCUGAUAGCAGUAUUGCAUCUGCCUCCUACUCAGGAGGACUACUGGGCUCAGCUUCUGAUCAGAAAGCAGAUCCUGGCAUCGCUGGUGACAAGUAUAGUGCUUUGAGUAGUGUGUCGCGUGCCCCGUCCGACGCCAGUAUUGGAGGUGUGCCGUCGUCAAUGACGGAGAAGACCGGCAGUUCAAUGUCCUUCUUCAGCAAGAAGUCCUCCGCCUACAGUGGCCUAGCUACGGUGGCGUCUGAAGCUAGCAUCCCACCGCUUGAUGGUGGGGACAGUGCUGGAACGACGACAGCAGCAGCCACUGCUGAUAAGUAUGGUGCGUUUAGCCAGCAGUCAGCAGUUCGUAGCAACAUGCCUAUGAAGCCCUGUGAUUCUUCACUGUCCGGCAUGACGGAGAGUAGGUCACUGCUGGCUGCAAGUGACAGUCUACCAACACCAGAUGAUAAUGGAGGUGCUGGCUUUGGUGACUUCAAUUCCAUCAACAUCACGUCCUCACAAUCCCACAAGCCCAUGUCCACGGCAAGUACCUUCGGCCAACUUUCACCCUUGACCCGACAGGAAUCCUCAGCCACAGUAACCAGUUCCACGCUUCUAGCCAACCCUGAUGACCCUGCUGAUGAGUUUGGCGGAUUUGCGGGUGCUGCUGGUGCCCAGUCUGUCCAACAGAACAGCAACACGGGCAUGGAUGGCUUUGGCGACUUCGCCACGUUUGAAAGCACAGCGCCAGCUGCCAGGGCACCUGAUCAAUUGUCUGUGACAAGCAGUGGUGCCAGUGCAAGCAGUGGCUUUGCUCCGCGACGAGCGACUGCCGAGAAGCUUGAAGACAGAUUUGCCAGCCUGACAGGCUUCACGAUGGAUGGAGAGGAUGUAAGACCAUCACCAAAGAUUCAAAACAAGGCCCUCAAAGCCGCCUUGACGCCCUCUAUGUCCACUAGCAGCAGCACUCCUCUCGUUGCCAGACCUGUUGACUACAGCUCCCUGUCGCUGGACGAUGAUGUCCACACGAAGGAGUGGAAACGCUGUCUUCAGGCUUGCCAGCAGCUUCUCAACACUGCGCUGACACUACUAGCCAAUGUCAGCGGCGCUGAAGACAUGUGUGCACUGGCAGAGUCUAAGAAAGGCGGUGAUUAUAUUGCAGCUGUUAUUGAAGUGUACCGUGUUUAUCUGCGAGUAGUCGCUUCAGCAUCCAACGCUGUCACACUACCUGACCAGAGCAUGAGCCACAUCAACACUGCAUGGGCAUCGAUUGCAUCCAGAGUUGCGGGCACUUGCUUGGAACCCAAAGAGGACACCGUUUCGCUCAGUCAGUUACGAGCUACUCCCAAGUGUGCGGACAUUGAGCGCUCGUGCGGCGUGUGUCUGCUCAAGGUACCCGAGGAAAACGCUCCCUCGUCAUUGAGUGGCGUUGGCACAACCGCCGACGUGACUCGCUUGUUCACGGAGACGGCCAUCCAGCGCGAUCCCAACGCAGCACGUCUGCAGUUUGGCAAGCGCUGGUACCACGCAACCUGCGCCAAUUUCUGGUGCAACUGCGUAGAGCGAACGCUACCCAACUUGCCGUUGCUCUCACAGCUCCUCUAGCUGCAGCGCUUGCUGUAGAUUAGGUCUGUAGUGUUGUUUGUAGCAAAUUUCAAUUUUUUAAAUCUAUCCCUCUCAAAUCUCGUCCCGUUAUUCCCCGCACCCGUUGCUCUAUCGGUUUAAAACAUGAAACUCACAUUAGCGCUUUUAUUAUUAUUAUUUAAAACUUUAUGAUUCUGCUAUUCUGCUAUUCUCACCCCCGAGCCUGGGAAUAGACGCUGCUAACUGCCAUCGUACUGCGAUAGACAUGGCAUUAGCUGUCAUGCGCUGCCACACAUUGAGCUGUAUGCUAUCACAAGAUGGCUGUGCUUUUACUGAAAACACUGCUACACACUGUACAUAAUGGUGUGCCGUUGUCGCAGUCGGCUUGUAUCCGUGCUUGCCAGGGAGUAACGACGUUACGUUACUACUACUUCCUGGUGCUUGCUGAUUACUGACUGGUUGAUCCAGGGGUUGCAGUGUACAGCUUGCAUGCCACUCACGGCAACGUCCCACAUGUACUCUUCUUGCUCAUGAUCUAUCUUAUAUGGAACACUUGCCGGCUGCAUGCUUCAUCGGUACGAUGAUACUGAAAAACAUUCAGUCAAGUGUGAUGUUGUUUGUUGACGUCGCAGGUUAACCGGUUGUCUUGUCGAUAAUUUUUCUGUGCAAUUCAACUAAAAUGAGGAUUAUUUGUAAUUUUGAGAUAUGCUCUUUUUCUAUUCAUGUAUCUAAACGCUGGCUCCAAGUAAAUACAUGUACUUGUAAUUCAUUUUGCUUCACCUCGAACUAUGGUGUAUGUGAGUAACG